AUAAAAUACACCUGGUAAUAUUUGUAAAUGCACAAACAAGGUAGUGAUGCACUCUUUUUAAACCCAUGUGUGAUCGAUUGGUUGAGUCUAGAUCGACAGCGCCGAGGAAGACAACACAAGUUUGCUAGUAGCAUCGAUUAGCGGAUUCAGCCUCAGACGGCCCGUCAUGGGUUUGACCAAACAGUAUCUGCGUUACGUCGCCAGCGCCGUUUUCGGAGUCAUCGGCAGCCAGAAAGCAAACAUCUCAUACGUGACACUCCGAGGAGGCGAGCGAGGACGCUACGUCGCCGUGGCAGCAUGUGAACACGUCUUCAUCUGGGAUGUUCGGAAAGGAGAGAAGGUUCUGAUCCUUCAGGGACAGAAACAUGAGGUGACCUUCAUCUGUCCUUCACCUGAUGGAGUCCACGUCGCCGUCGGUUACGAGGACGGCGCCGUGAGGAUCUUCAGCCUCCUGAACGGAGAAACCAACGUCUCAUUUAACGGCCACAAGUCGGCCGUCAGCAUCAUUCAGUACGACGCCCUCGGAGCUCGACUCGUCACCGGUUCUAAGGACACGGAUGUGAUCGUUUGGGACGUGAUCAACGAGUCUGGACUCUACAGACUGAAAGGACACAAAGACGUCAUCACUCAGGCUUUAUUCCUGAAGGACAAGAACCUGCUGGUCACCUGCUCCAAGGACAGCUUUGUGAAGUGGUGGGAUCUGGACACUCAGCACUGCUUUAAGACGCUGGUGGGACAUCGCAGUGAGGUUUGGGGCAUGGCGCUGCUGAACCGGGAGAACCGGCUGCUGACCGGAUCAGCUGACAGCGAGCUGCGAGCCUGGGACAUCCGCUACCUGGAGGAGGAGAAAGCAGAAGGAGAACCCAGAGUGAAGAAAGGAAAAACUCUGCUGGACGAAGACGAGGACGAAGGCAAACAGGAAGAGGAGGAUGAAAGUCUGGACGAGCGCAUCCUAAGCUGUAAAAAGGCCGGAUCGAUCCUGAGAGAAGCCAGAGAUCGAGUCGUUUCGCUGACGACAGACGCCAAAAACAGAAUCAUUGCCUGUCAUGGCAACGAUUCAGUGCUGGAGCUCUUCACUGUUCUGUCAGAGGAGGAAGUGCAGAAGAAGAUGACCAAGAAGCUGAAGAAAGCCAAGAAGAAGGCGGCAAAAUCUCAGGAGGAAACGGGAGAAGAAGCAGCAGAACCGGUGGUGGAGAAGAUGCUGAAGGACGAAAUCAUCAGACUGAUAAACAUCAAAGCUUCUGCUAAGAUCAGGUGGGUGGACUGUCUGUCCUGCGCCGGUGGAGAGCUGAAGGUGGCGCUGCUGCUGCAGAACAACACGGUGGAAACCUACAGCCUGAAGACUUCAGACAAAACCCCCACAGCCAAUAAGACGGCUCGGCUGACGCUGGGCGGCCAUCGCACCGACGUCCGGACGUUGGCCUUCAGCUCCGACAACCUGGCCGUCCUGUCGGCCUCCGGAGACACCGUCAAAGUCUGGAACAGGUCCACUCUGCAGGUGAUCCGGACCAUGGCCUGUGAAUACGCCCUCUGCUCGCUGUUUGUACCCGGAGACAGACAGAUCAUCCUGGGAACCAAGAGCGGGAAGCUGCAGAUCUUUGAACUGGCCUCUGGAAGCCUCCUGGAGACGGUAGACGCUCAUGAUGGAGCUCUGUGGUCGCUGUGUCUGGCCCCAGACCAGAGGGGGAUCGUCUCAGGAAGUGCAGAUAAAACAGUGAAGUUCUGGGACUUUGAGCUGAUAAAGGACAAAGAGUCUGGACAAAAGAGGCUGACGGUGAAACACACUCGCACUCUGCAGCUGGAGGAAGACGUUCUGUGUGUGAAGUUUUCUCCCGAUCAUCGUCUUGUGGCCGUUUCUCUGUUGGAUUGUACAGUUAAAGUCUUCUACACAGACACACUGAAGUUCUUCUUGUCUUUAUACGGACACAAGCUGCCGGUACUUUGUCUGGACAUCUCUCAUGACAGCGCUCUCAUCGCGACCGGCUCGGCCGACAGGAACGUGAAGAUCUGGGGUUUGGACUUUGGCGACUGUCACCGCUCCAUGUUUGCUCAUGACGACAGCGUCAUGUUCCUCCAGUUUGUCCCCAAGACUCAUCUGUUCUUCACGGCUGGAAAAGACAAGAAGAUCAAACAGUGGGACGCUGACAAGUUUGAGCACAUCCAGACACUCGAGGGCCACCAUCGGGAGGUCUGGUGUCUCGCCAUCAGCCCAAACGGCGACCAUAUCGUGUCGUCAUCUCACGAUAAGUCUCUUCGUUUAUGGGAGAGAACCAGAGAGCCAAUAAUCCUGGAGGAGGAGAGGGAGAUGGAGCGAGAAGCAGAGUUUGAGGAGAGCAUGGCCAAAGGAGACGUGCCAGUGGUUCCUGGAGAGACUCAGGGAGAAGCAGCACCAGCCGGGAAGAAAACCAUGGAGACGGUCAAAGCUGCCGAGCGAAUCAUGGAGGCUCUGGAGAUUUAUAAAGCAGAAGCCAGGAAAAUGGAGGAGCACAAAUACGCCUGUGAGCACGCAGGAAAAGAGCUCCCUCCACCCAAACCCAACCCCAUCCUGGUGGCCUUCAACGUUACGCCUUCCCGCUACGUUUUAGACGUCAUAAAGAAAGUCAGAUCGAGUGAGCUGGAGGUUUCUCUGCUGGUCUUACCGUUUCCGUACGUCCCAGAGCUGCUGCAGCUCUUCAGCAGCUACAUCCAGCAGGGUCUGGAGGUGGAGCUGGUCUGCAGAUGCCUGUUUUUCCUCCUCAAGAUCCAUUUCGGUCAGAUCUCCAGUAACCAGAUGCUGCUGUCCGUCAUCGAUGAGCUUCGGACCAACACGCUGUCAAAAAUCACCGAGAUCAGAGAUGUGAUGGGCUUCAACAGCGCCGCCCUGCAGUUCCUCCAGAGAGAAAUCGAGAGCAAAGAGGACGUGAUGUUCUUUGCUGACGCCACCGGAAAACUGGAGGAGAAGAAGAAGAAGAGGAGGAGGAGAGAGAGGGCCGUCCUCACCAUCGCCUGAAUAGAACGAACUUUAUUCUCAUUAUUCGUUUGUGUGUAAACAUCCUCAUCCAGAAAGUUUCACACUGUUUGUACGUCAUGAAGUGUUUUUCAUUUCCCAAAUAAACUGGAGAUUUUCUCACAGGUUUAA